AGUUAUAAGUGAAUAUGUCUGGACGCGGUAAAGGAGGAAAAGCUAAAGGAAAGGCUAAGAGCCGAUCAAGCCGUGCUGGACUUCAGUUCCCAGUCGGUCGUGUCCACCGAUUCUUGCGAAAGGGUAACUAUGCAUCUCGUGUCGGUGCUGGUGCCCCAGUCUACAUGGCUGCCGUACUCGAGUACUUGACUGCUGAAAUCUUAGAGUUAGCUGGCAACGCUGCCCGUGAUAACAAGAAGAGCAGAAUCAUCCCCCGUCAUCUCCAACUUGCCAUCCGUAACGAUGAAGAGUUAAACCGUCUUCUCGGAAGUGUGACCAUCGCACAGGGAGGUGUAUUGCCAAACAUCCAGGCUGUACUUCUGCCAAAGAAGACCCAGGCCAAGUCCAAGUAGAUUUUUAACCAUCUAUCUUCUCAAACCAAACGGCUCUUUUCAGAGCCACCAUAUGUAUAAAAGAGAUUUGAAAGUCGUUAUCGUCUUCUUUUUGUCAUUCUUCAUUUGAUUAUUUUGAUAUGAAAGAAAUCACUAUUCUUUUCUAUCUAGGCCUAUUUUAAUUUUAAUUUUGUUAUGCCUUUUCAA